AUGUCAACAGCAACAUAUGAUCACCAAGAUCCCUCGAAAUGGCCCCGGAAGUCUGAGGGGAGUGCAGGGGGCGAUGCGCACUCCGUCGCGGAAUCGACCUCCUCGGAGGAGUCCCUUGACCAAAUUGAUGUGCUAGGGCGUACGAUCACUAGUCGUUCUCGAAUGUCAGAACCCUCUCUAACAAGAAGAGUAACGUCAAUCGGCACAACUGGAACAUCAGACCCGAACUAUGAAGUCGACUUCGAAGACGAGAAAGACCCGGACAACCCUAAGAACUGGACGCUCAAAUACAAGGCCAUGGCCAUUGCAAUGCUUUCUUGGAACACCCUAGUAAUCGUUCUACAUUCAACUUCCUACACAUCUGGAAUUGCAAUCAUGGGUGAUGAGUUUGGGUCGUCAAACACCAUUGUCACAUUGGGAUUGACCUUUUAUCUAAUUGGUCUCGCUAUCGGGUCCAUGUUUAUGGCUCCACUCAGUGAGGUGUAUGGCAGAAAGCCGGUAUCCGUUGUGUGCUUGGGCAUUUUCACAGUCUUGAUUAUCCCCUGCGCGUUAGCCAAGUCUAUCGAGGCGCUAAUUAUCGUUCGGUUCAUUGGCGCAUUCUUCGGUAGCGUCAUGAUUUCUACUGCGCCAGGGAUGGUAUCAGACCUGGUAAACGAUGAGCAGCGGGCGUUGGCCAUCUCUGUCUGGAGUAUUGGGCCCAUCAAUGGUCCGGUUCUGGGACCAAUCAUUGGAGGAUUCGUGACUCAGUACCUCGGCUGGAGAUGGAUGAAUUGGAUUGCACUGAUCCUAUCUGGCGUUGCAUUCGGCUUUGCAUGCCUCAUGAAGGAAACAUAUAGCCCAAUCAUUCUGCAAAAGAAGGCUGCCCGUUUGCGCAAGGAAACCGACGAUGACCGUUGGUGGAGCCGAUACGACCAAAAGGCUAGCCUCGUCGAGCUGCUGAAAGUCAACCUGAGCCGUCCAUUCGUCAUGGCUGUUGCGGAACCCAUUUGUAUCUUCUGGAACCUCUAUAUCGCCAUCGUAUACGGCAUCCUCUACCUCUGCUUCACGGCGUAUCCCAUCGUCUUCCGUCAAAUCCGCGGCUGGUCGCUCGGCCUCUCCGGCCUCGCCUUCUGCGGCAUCGGAACCGGCUGUCUCAUCAUGAUCGCCUGCGAACCUUUCAUCCGCCGCCUGAUCAACAGCCACGGGCCCGACUCUGAAACGGGCAAAGUUCCCCCCGAAGCCAUGGUUUCGAUCGUCUGCAUUGCCGCCAUUCUCAUUCCAUCCGGCGAACUCUGGUUUGCUUGGACUUGCUCCCCCGCCUCGAUCCCUUGGAUCGUCCCCAUCCUCGCGGGCGUGUUGUUCGGUUGCGGGAACGCCGGAGUUUUUAUCUAUGCGUCGAACUAUCUUACCGAUAGCUAUGGUGUGUAUGCUGCAUCUGCGAUGGCAGGCAACUCAGUUAUCCGAAGUGUCCUGGGUGGUGUGCUGCCUCUUGUUGGGACCUAUCUAUACGAUGGGCUAGGGCCAAAUUGGGCGGGUACGCUACUUGGGCUGCUCGAGGUGGCCAUCAUUCCGAUUCCGUUUGUGUUCUACAAGUACGGACACAAGAUUCGGAGAAAGAGUGCGCUUAUUAGUCGCAUGCAGGAGGAUAAGAAGAGGUUGGAGCGGAAGCGAAAGCGCUUGGAGCAGCGGCUUGAAGCGGAAGCGGCUGCGGAGAGAAAGGAGCAGAUGGAGGUCUGA